GCCGAAAAAAAACGACAAUAUUUCAAAAAAGCGUUGUUGUAUUUUUUAGACAAUGGUCGGAACAUUCUGUGCUUAUUGCACAGUAACCGGCUAUCCUUGUUUAUUACUAGUCAUGUUUUCAACUUUUCAGAAAAAAAUAGAAUUCCGUUUAGAUUCGUUUUCAAGAUUUCCUGAUUGUUUGAUGACAAUUGGACAUGCGUCGCAACUGUAUCAUUUUAUGUAGUUAAGUUGUUCUUUAUGAGGGAUCUAGAAACCCUGGAAUUUUGCCGCGCCAAUGGGCUGUGCUUUAUCCCACGAGAAAGAUGACGUGGACCCCAAAAAGCAUGUCGAAAAUAUCUUCCCGAAUUCCGAAAAAAAUGUCUUAAAUUUCCAAAAUGAGACUCAACAAACUGCCAUUAAUGAAGAAAAGGAGAAACAUUUAGAAGACAGAGAGUUCGAUACGAAAACAAAAACUCCCGAUAGUCAGAAUCAGGAGCGAGUCAGCAGUUCGCAGUCGAAGCAGAGAAGAAAACCAUUUGUAAGGGACAAGUUUGAUCCCAGAGUGCUGCAGAAAUAUGAAGUGAAAGCUUUGAUUGGCAGAGGAAGUUUCAGCAAGGUGGUGAGGGUAGAGAACAGAAAAACGCGGCAACCGUACGCGAUUAAGAUGAUCGAAAUGCAUCCGGGCGGUGGCCGUGACCUGUUUCUGGCUGAAGUGAGCGUGCUUCAGAGGGUGAGACAUGACAAUGUUGUCAAGCUAUAUGAGGUGCUAGAGACGAGAGAUCGCUCAUAUCUGGUUAUGGAACUAGCAACGGGUGGAGAGUUGUUCGACCGAAUUGUUGCUAGAGGUCACUUUACGGAACGUGAUGCCGUGCACUGUAUGGGUAUGGUACUAGAAGGAGUGGCGUAUCUUCACAAGUUAGGCAUAACCCACAGAGACCUGAAGCCAGAGAACCUCUUAUUCUACCACCCGGGACAUGACUCCAAGAUCAUCAUCACCGACUUCGGACUGAGUUGCUCGAGGAAGAGUGGACAGAACCAGUUGAUGAGAACCACUUGCGGAACCCCAGAAUACAUCGCACCAGAGAUCCUGAUGCGAAAGCCAUACAGUUGUGGUGUGGACAUGUGGGCUGUUGGUGUGAUCUGCUACAUCCUCUUAAGUGGCACGAUGCCAUUCGACGAUGACAACAAGACUCGCCUCUACAGAGCAAUAAUCCGUGCACACUAUUCCUUCCGACAACCAUGUUGGGAUGACGUAUCAGAACAGGCCAAGGAGUUCAUCGGCAGACUGCUAGUAGUGAACGUGGAUAAGAGACUCACUGCAGACCAAGCACUGCGACACCCCUGGAUAGCAUUAGGCAGACACUAUUCUGCAGGCCAAGGGGGAAGUAAGAACCUCCACAGGACCAUCAGUCACAACUUGAUGGAGAGGGCCUCGUCAAAGGGAACGAGAUCGUCCAAGUCCACCACUGGAACAGGCGGAAACAAGUCUAACAGGUCUGGCAAGAGCGGUAGGAGUGGACGCAGUGGGAGGAGCUCGCUGUCCAGUGGGGGGAGGUCACUGAGACCAGUGAGUGGACACAAGAUCACACCCAAGGACACCCACGAGAUAGAGGUCAUCAGGAGAUCGUGCAGUACAUUCAGUCCCCCCAGUAGUACAGACUGAAACUCCUCCCCCUCCCCCUUUACUCUCACUCUCUUUCCUUUCCACUGCCUCUACACCUUUUAUAGUGGUUUUGAAGAGUAGCUGGCUCUGCGAGAGGUGCUUCAAAGAAGCGUAGCUUUCCGGACGGUUACAAAGAAGCGUCCUAAAUAUUAACUACUUACUCCUUCUAUACCUAAAAGCACUGGGUCACCCAAAUCGGCUAGCAUUGAAAUUAGUUUUAGUGAUGCCUAGCUAUGCCUCGUCUAUUUGGUCCGAACGACAUCGGCUGUUCUGGACGAAAAGAGGUCAAACAACUUGAAUUAUUGAGAAGAAUCCUGAACUGGUUUCUUGGCUCAGCUAGAAAAAACCUUACGAGAUGUUGCGACUACAAGCUAAACAAAUGAUCCUGCCAUGUUUUGCCGAUGUUUUUGAUAGACUAAGAAAAACUAAGUCUAUUUUAAUGACGUCAACUGAAAGGCGCGGGCCGCCCUCAGUCAGAGACGUGGGUUCUCAAGACAAUCAGAAUUAGCUCAAAUCAAUAAGAAUUAGUCGUUUUGAUUAUUCCUCCCACUUAAUAGCGAAUUUGAGUUGAGUUAGAAAAAAACGAAUAAGGUUGAUUAAAAGUAAAUCUUUUGGCUAAUUUGUGCAAUUCGUUAUUAUGAUUUUAGCUUACAUCAAAUUUAGGAGUGGUAGUAUUAUCGAAAAGAGACAAAUCUUUGUGCUGCUAAUUUCUAUCCAGAUGUGUUUAUAAUUAUGAUUGAAUUAUUGCAAUCAAAGCCAGCGGAUGCUAGAAAAAAAUUGACAAUCCGUGUUACGAUGAUUUGCUAUGGUCGAAUUUGGGCAAUUUUCAACCAGUCAGUGUCCUUUAAACUGCCAAAAACUGACUGAUUGUGCUGAAUGAUUAUUCUGAAGUUUUGAAAACUGAAUUGUGAUUGGUCGCUAUGAUUUUUCCCCAUGAGAGAAUCCGCCUUUAAAAAUUGAACUGAAUAAACGCUUGUUGGUAAUAUGGCAAUAGCAGUUUUCAAAAUGCAGAUUUUUGUAUGCUUAUUUUUUUUUUGUGUGAAGGUCAAUUCAAAAAGGGCAUCUCACAUUUCUAUUUUCUAAUUGAGAAUUUGGUACGUUGAAAAGUUGCAUAACAUCAAGUUGUUGUAAAUAAAGCAUCAACUCAGUUCAAUUUUUUGUUCGCUGUUUUUAGGCUCUGCUAUUCGUUUCUUUGUAUAAGUGCUCUUAUUUGAGCCAGAAAUUCAUCUAAUGAACAGCCUUUAUUUCCUCCAAUGUGCCUUUGAAAACACAAAAAUCUAUCCUGCCUCUAAGUGCUUGAAGCGAGUUAAACAUCUUGCAAUAUAGCAGAAUAAAUUUGAAAUCAAAAUCUUUUAACGAUUAAUUGAUUCGUUUCUUUGUUUUUCAUAGUUUUAAUUUAGUUACUCGAGGAGCUAACGUUUGUAUUUCAAGUGCCGAUAUAGUUUAACUUCUGAAAAUUAACUGCAAGCUAAGCAUUCGUGCUGUGAUUGAUGUGCAAUUUAAGAAACUUAAAAAAUAUAUAUUUUGGAUUUGAAUCUAAUUUAAAGAAUUGAAUUUCUUAAAACUAAA